AGCGUUGAGACCGUUCCUUUAACACGUGAUCGAAAUGGACCAGUACCUAUGCGUUGCGCUGUUCAAGAGGAAAGGAAAACUUCCUCUCAGCCUCCUUUUCAUCUUGGUAAAUAAUCAACAGACGUGUAAAGCCCUGCGCUUUAAGACCAGUCGGUAUAAAGAAUAUAAGCGCUUAGUGUUUUACUUUUACAUCGGACGGUGUGUGAUCGGUGUGGUUGGUCUGCCAGGGUCCUGUGUUAUUGAAGAGGACUGCACGGGUGCGCGCUCCGCUCUGUUGACACUGCGGAAGCGCGCACAGGAAACAGAAGUCCCGCUGUUUUGGUCCAUGGAAAAGUCGUCGGUUUUAGGUGUCCGUCUGUCCUUAAAGCAACGCUAUUUGCUCCUGCUUGGCUUCGCUGCUGCUGUAAUAAUUGCUUCUCAGUUUACGAGAAGCCAUCCGCCAAGUGCGAAAAUGAAGCGCGUAGAGGGACUGAGAGCCAACUCCUCGCAGUUCACUUUGGAGAAAAACCCUUUCCGCAUCCUGGGAGGCUCCAUCCACUACUUCCGUGUCCCCAGAGCCUACUGGGAGGACCGGCUGCUGAAGAUGAAGGCCUGCGGCAUCAACACUCUGACAACCUAUGUGCCUUGGAACCUGCAUGAGCCGGAGCGAGGGGUGUUUGACUUUGAGGAUGAACUGGAUUUAGAAGCCUACAUUCGCCUCGCAGGAAGCUUGGGCCUCUGGGUGAUUUUGCGUCCUGGGCCUUACAUCUGCGCUGAAUGGGAUCUGGGAGGACUGCCUAGUUGGCUGCUGCGAGAUCCCAACAUGAAGCUGAGAACGACCUACGCAGGAUUCACGGAAGCAGUCAACUCCUUUUUUGAUAAAGUCAUAAAGAAAAUAACUCCAUAUCAGUACUCCCAGGGUGGCCCCAUCAUAGCAGUUCAAGUUGAGAACGAGUACGGCUCCUACGCUAAAGAUGACAAGUACAUGCCGUUCAUACAGGAGGCGUUAUUGUCACGGGGCAUCACAGAGUUGCUGCUGACCUCUGACAACAAGGACGGCCUGAAGCUUGGAGGAGUGAAAGGAGCACUGGAAACGAUCAAUUUCCAGAAACUGGACAUAAAUGAGAUCAAGUACCUGGAUGAAAUUCAACCUCACAAACCAAAGAUGGUUAUGGAGUACUGGUCAGGCUGGUUCGAUCUCUGGGGUGGCCUUCAUCAUGUGUUCCCAGCUGAAGACAUGACAGCGGUGGUCACAGAAAUUCUGAAGCUGGACAUGUCCAUCAACCUUUACAUGUUUCAUGGAGGGACCAAUUUUGGCUUCAUGAGUGGCGCAUUCGCUGUUGGGAUACCGGCGCCUAAACCCAUGGUGACAAGCUACGAUUACGACGCUCCAUUAUCCGAGGCUGGGGAUUACACCACCAAGUAUCAUCUUCUGAGGAAUUUAUUCAGCAGCUACCACAACGAGCCUCUUCCUAAACCACCCUCUUCUCAGCAAAGGAGAGCCUAUCAGUUCGCUGUUGUCCAGCAGCAUCUAUCCCUGUGGGACAGUCUGCAUUCAACAGAAAAGCCUUUCAGAUCGCAGCGGCCAGUCAACAUGGAGAACCUCCCCGUCAACAACAACAACGGUCAGUCGUACGGCUACACGCUGUAUGAGACGGCCAUCGCCAGCGGAGGAACGCUCAACUCCAAGAACAACAUCAGAGACAGAGCACUGGUUUUUGUGGACAAACACCUUGUUGGUGUUUUGGACUAUAAGGUGCAGGAACUUGUGCUACCGGAUGGGAAGGGAAGCAGAACUCUGAGUUUGCUGGUGGAGAACUGUGGAAGGGUGAAUUAUGGGACAACUCUGGAUGAGCAGCGCAAAGGUCUGGUUGGCGACAUUGAGCUAAACUCGCACAUCCUCCGAGACUUCGUUAUUCAUAGCCUGGAUAUGAAAGCAGGCUUUGUAAACAGGCUUCAGGGUUCAAGCCAGUGGGUGUCCAUGCAGAAGCAGCCCUCCUUCCCAGCCUUUUUCCGGGCCAAGCUUUACGUGAACAGCUCUCCUAAAGACACCUUCAUCAAACUUCCUGGAUGGACCAAAGGGGUGGUGUUCGUAAACGGCAGGAACCUGGGACGGUACUGGUCUAUUGGACCCCAGCAGACCCUUUACGUCCCUGGGCCCUGGCUUCACCGAGGGGACAACCAGGUCACCGUGUUUGAGGAGCAAGAAGCAGAUGGGAAACUGUAUUUCUCCAGCAACCCUGACUACGGCAUGGCUGUUGAUGUCGAGUGAGGAUGAGCAGACCGGACGCGACUGCAGUUUGCUACGUUUACACGGAUCCGGACCGCCCGUCCUGAUCGGCAGCACUCAGGUGUCAGGAGGACGUUUAAUUGAGUCUGUCUUCCCCGUCGCAUUGAUGGCGUGUUGUCGGAUGUUGCUUCGUUUUCAUACCUCCACCUUACCUAAAUGGUCAGAGGGAGCGGGUGAGAACGCUAUUCUGAUUACAUGGGAUUUAUGGUUCCAUUCAUCUCUGUUGAAAAAAAACCCAAGAUCAAUAAAGUCUGCUUUGACCUGUGGAACCAAG